AGUACAUGUACUUAGUUACAUUACACUUCUGGGUCUCUUCUCAGGGCCAUCCAAUCUCUGUACGCACCAAGAGACGGACUUGUUUCCCUCUCCAAUGAAACAUGAGUUUAUAGUUUGACUCCUCCUCUACAACUUCAAUGCAGCAAUGAUGAGACACACCCUGAGUCACAUGAGAGGAGACAGAGUUCAGCAGAGGAGGCGUGACAGAGCUCCUCCCUCACUGACUCACCUGAGACAAACCAGGAAACAGUUUGUUCCUCUUCCUCACUGCAGAGAGACAGACGGACUGAAAAACAGACGAUCACAUUCACCUUCAGACCAAACUAACAACUUCCUCUGAGUUCAGCUACAGGAGAGAAAAGUGGAAACUGCAACACUGCUGCUUCAACCUGCGGACCCUCCCCACGCUGAAGCUUCACUCAGAGACAACAUGGCUUCCAGGUUAGAGGAAGAUCUCUGCUGUCCGGUCUGUCAGGACGUCUUUAGAGAUCCUGUUGUUCUCUCCUGUAGCCACAGCUUCUGUAAAGCCUGUCUGCAGACCUGGUGGACGGGGAAAGAAGCAAAGGAGUGUCCAGUCUGUAAGAGAAGAUCUUCAAAAGUUGAACCCCCCUGUAACCUGGCUUUAAAGAACCUGUGUGAGACCUUCUUACUGGAGAGAGGUCAGAGACCUUCAGAGGCUCUCUGCAGUCUGCACUCUGAGAGACUCAGACUCUUCUGUCUGGACCAUCAGCAGCCAGUGUGUGUCGUCUGCAGAGACUCAAGAACACACACCAACCACAGAUUCAGACCCAUGGAUGAAGCUGCUCAGGAUCUCAAGAAGGAGCUCCAGAAAGCUCUGCAGCCCUUAAAGAAGAAACUGAAGCUCUUUGAAGAAGUUAAAGUGAAGUUUGAUCUAACAGCAGGACACAUGAAGGUCCAGGCUCAACACACAGAGACGCAGAUUAAGGAGCAGUUCAAGAAGCUUCACCAGUUUCUAGAAGAGGAAGAGGAGGCCAGGAUGGCUGCACUGAGGGAGGAAGAGGAGCAGAAGAGGAGGAUGAUGGAGGAGAAGAUGGAGGCUGUGAACAGAGAGAUAGCAGCUCUUUCACACACGGUCAGAGCCACAGAGGAGGAGCUGAGAGCUGAAGACGUCUCCUUCCUGCACAACUACAAGGCUGCAGUGGAGAGGCUGCAGCGCCCCCUGCUGGAGGCUCCACAGUUGCCCUCAGGAGCUCUGAUGGACCAGGCCAAACACCUGGGCAACCUCAGCUUCAACAUCUGGAGCAAGAUGAAGGACAUGGUGUCCUACUCUCCUCUCAUCCUGGACCCAAACACUGCUCAUCCAGACCUCAUCCUGUCUGAAGAUCUGACCAGUGUGAGAGGAGGAGAGAGACAGAAACUUCCUGAUAAUCCAGAGAGGUUUGAGAAACACCUCUCUGUCCUGGGCUCUGAGGGCUUUAACUCUGGGACUCACAGCUGGGAUGUCCAGGUUACAGGCAGUACACACUGGUUACUGGGUGUGUCAGCAGAGUCUGUCCCGAGGAAGGGAAUCAUACUGUCUGGAUUAUGGAUGAUAUGUUUCUAUAAAGGUAAAUACUCAGCAUGGUCACCAUCAGAACCACCCACUCCUCUCAGCCUGAAGAAGAACCUCCAGAGGGUCAGAGUGGAUCUGGACUGGAACAGAGGAGCGUUGUCGUUCUCUGAUCCUGACACUAACACACUCAUACACACCUUCACACACAAUUUCACUGAGAGGAUGUUUCCACACAUUAACACUGUGGAGGAAGUGAAGAUAUUACCACUGAAGGUGUGUGUGACAGUGGAUCAGAGCAGGUAGAGAUAAACAGGAUCAUUAUAUAGUAAGAUGAUCAGACACAGACACACACACACACACACACACACACACACACACACACACACACACACACAGAUGAUUAUCCGGUCAGAUGAACAGAUAGUCUGUCAGGCAGAUUGAUCAGUCACUUAUAAGUCAUUUAAACACUUAAUGAGUUCAUCAGUACAACAUGACUGACACACGGUGGCACUCGCACUCUGAGUGUGUGUGUGUGUGUGUGUGUGUGUGUGUGUGUGUGUGUGUGUGUGUGUGUGUGUGUGUGUGUGUGUGUGUGUGUGUGUGUGUGUGUGUGUGUGUGUGUGUGUGUGUGUGUGUGUGUGUGUGUGUGUGUGGUGUGUGUGUGUGUGUGUGUGUGUGUGUGUGUGUGUGUGUGUGUGUGUGUGUGUGUGUGUGUGUAUUGUUUUCUCUGAGUGUUCUUAGCCUGAGGGAAGAUAAUGUGUCUGUUUGUAGGUAUCUUGAAUUCUAUUAAAACCAGCAAACGUA